ACUUUUCAUCCCAAAUCAUUAGAUUAACCUAAGUUAGGUUAUUGCAUUUUCACACUUAACGUCUUAAUCACAUAUUUUCUUUGUCUCUCUUUUUAGUUCUUUUCAGCUGCCACGAUCUGCCACUUCGUGAUCCGCCACAUCCUAGGUACCUAUCUAUGACGGGUCACUGUAUAUGUUGUAUUUUUUUUUACCUGCACCUUCAGGCAGCGCGUCAUCGCCUAGGUUCUGAGAGCGCGGUAAUCUUACCGGGGUUGUAGACAUAUUGUCAUGGCAUCAUCUCCUUCUGGACUCAUUAAUCAGUUAGACCUCGACACUGCUAAGAUGUGGAGAGACGACUCCAUCGAGGAGCGCAUAUUCUCGGCAGCUUUAAUAUGUCUAGAAGGUCACUACAACCAGUCUCCUGCAAUGGGACCCCAAUCCAUCGCUAAGGUGACUAGUAUUAUCUCUAAAACAUUAGAGAAGACGCAUACCUUCAAGGACGUUAGGGAAGUCCUAUCGAGAAAUGUGCGGGUAUGGAUAUGGCUACGUCGAGCUGUAUCCGCCGCAAUAUGUGAUCUCAAUGAGAAGUCUCUUGGUGUACGAUCGGAACCUUUUGUUCAAACGAAAUUCCUCGACAUCACUACCCCAGAGGUUACCGCUUUGAUUAUCAAGAACUACGUGCCUUUAAAGGAGGCGUUGCAGAUGCUCAACAAGCUCAUGCAUAUUGCUCGAAAUCUGCUUGUCACUACCGACCCAGAGGUCCCUCAAGAUCUGUCCGCAGCUAUCCAGUUCGACCAUGAAGUAUAUGAAUCCAUAUGUCUCUGUGUCAACGUGACUAGCAAGGGAAUUGAUGGGGAAAUGCCAGAAGAUGAAGCCUCUAGGGCUAAGCUGAAUGAGAUCACCGAACUAUGUAAAAAGGUCCUUGUGACAUCCCUACAGCAAGCUCACAAUUGGAUUGCCAAGAAUAACCGCAAUAAGAUGUUAUUUUGGUACAAAGUAUUAAUUGAAUCUCCUGACGCUGAGAGCAACCCAGGUCCAGAGGAUCGGCAUGAGUCAGUGCUGGAUUACCCAGCUCCUAGGAGUAUUCACCUGCGAGACGAAAUUUCGAACUGGCUAAAGAGAUCGUCGCGAAUGUGCGAUGCUGCUAUUAGCAUUUGCAAGGAAUAUUUUCAUGCUCAGAGCGCCGAAAAGAAGGAUCAAUGGUUACUCCAUGACGAGAAUCUCCUAGCCUGGAAUUACACCCCGCCUGAAACCUGGGCGUGGCAACCGGAUAUGUAUGACGAGGCUGCUGAAUUGGUUUCAACGUGGAACUCCGAAGAACCCGAUAAGUUUGAGCAGGAUAGAGCAUAUGGCCGUGUAUCGCAUGAACUCGACAAGUGGUGGUACGGUGCACGUGUCCCCAACUCAAACGACUGGAGUCUGACAAUGUACUCAACCGUUGACUCUGUUCCUCAGCGCAUUAAGGAAUGCGAAUCCAAUCUCAUGCAACGCUACGCAGCUACCGAACCACAGGAGGACCCGAAUGAUACGAUUGAGCAUCAUAUAGAGGAAGAACACAGUGUUGAAUGGCAAGGCCAGACGUCUCAGUCGGGUCAGGCCUUCGCCCCCGAGUACGAUGAAUAUGAGGAAGAAGCUGAUGACGACGAUUCAUAUGGUGAAGGGCCAAUGACUGGGCUUCUGACCGAGGUGCCAAAUAUCCUUGAUCCUAAACAGAUAGAAGCACUUCAUAUGAUCGUCAAAUCUUGCAUAUUAGAUUCAGCGGGUUCUGGUUUAACUAUAUUCCGCGAGAACUUGCAACAAACCCGUUGUCGUAUCUUUCUUGCCACCGACUGCGGUAGGAACCUCCUGAGGGAAAUGCUUGUCUUUAUAGCCGUAUGGGAAAAGGAUGAACAGUCUUUAAUAUUUCAGAUUAGCAGUCAGAUAGUGCAGGCGAUUCACGAAAACUCGCUCAUCCCCUACGCAUGGAUGGCGCUUCGAAGCCCUAAGGAUAUCAUUUCGCCAGCACAAACAGUCCUACUUCGGCUUAUUACUUAUUUAUUCCGCACAGCUUUGUUCCCCCCUAAGGAUUAUGAUCCCUUCCCAGAUACAAAAGCAGAAGAUGUCGAAAAGAUCCUCGCAAACGAAGAUGUUCGUCUCGGAAAGAUGCUUAACUAUCUAUAUGGUCUCUUCCGCAGCCGUAUCGUCCCAGAAUGCGUCGCCUUGAUGCAAAUUCAGGGCGAGGUCCGUAAGGGUCGACUAGAUCCCGCCGACUUCCCAGUUGAUAACUGGGAUCUGGAGCGGGCCAAAGACGGUCUGGUACAAUACCUUGAUUUUCUUUACACGGUUGCAGAUAUCCAUCCUCUUCGUCAACAUCUCAUCGACUACGAGGCUGUCUAUGAGCUCCUUAAGUUGCUUGAGGGCCUUGAUACCGGGGUGGAGAAAGCACCAUUCCCAGGCACUCGACGAAACGAGCCUCCCGCCACACCCUCUACUACCACAUCAACACACCAGGCGUCAUCAUCCAAUAAUCCGCCACCUCCUCCGCCUCCACCACCACCAAUAUCCGAUCCGCCCUACGAGUUCCCCUGGUCGGGUAUCAAAGGCCAAGUUUUAUCUAUACUUGCCGCUCUCUUACAGCCACCGCCUGGUCAAUCCUCGCCUGGCAAUCCGACAGUGCAGCUCCAAAUUUUACGUCAUAACGGAAUAGUGGCCUUGCUUAACUGCUGUUUAUACGACGACAACAACCGCUUCUGCCGUGAGCGCACACAGCUCUGCCUCAAAUGGCUUAUGGAUGGCUGUCCGGAUGCCUCGGCAUUCCUCCAGAGCCUCGUCAGCGCCAACCAAGGGCAGCCAGUGGCGCGUCCACCUGUCGGCAGCAACUUAACACAGAGCGUCAGGAUAGACGGCGUCCCUGGUGAGGUUAGGGUCCAGGUGCGCAGCUCGAGCGCGCCCGCUGGAGAAGUCGGCGAGGUAGUAGGGGAUGGUGCAAGUUCAAGGAGUAGGCUGGAGGAAAAUAAGAGUCGUAGCGAGGAGCUUGUUAAUGACCUCUUAGCGCUGACUGUUAUUGACAAGACUGGUAAGAUGACUAUUUCUCCCGAUGGUGAUGACACGGAGGAUGACGACUUCAUGUGAUUAGACUGGAAAAAGGUAAAGGUUUCCAAACAUUAGGGUCAU